UUGAUUGCUGGAUCUUUUAAAAUCAUUUGAAAUCAUUCGCGUACUGUCAAAAAAAUUACAAUUUUCGAAAUGUCUCGAAGACCUAUAAUUUCAGAGACCGACUUACGAUUUACGGCAAUUCAAGUCACUGAUCUUAUUUCCUGAGAAUACUGAAAUCAGCCUUGAAGUGUGAAUGAAUAGCCCCUCAUUUGUAUACAAUUUAUUGUAUAAAAUUCUGGAUAAAACUCAAUUACUUUAAUCCUCUUUGGAGGCAUGAAUGAACUAGAGUAAACGAACGUCAGUCAUUAUUAUUUAACAUAAUAUUAAGAAAUAUGGCAUAGUUCUGUUUGAGUAACAGCUAGGCUCCUCUCUUCUACAAUUUUUUUUUUGCCAAUCGAAUGACAAUCAUCACGUAUAAAUGCAAUUAGGAGAGAUUCAUUGUAUUAUUACUGGACAAUGUACGAUCAUUUGAAAUCUCCUCACGAACCCAUGAAAUCAAUGAUGCGUAAUACAAACGUUUUGCCUCGUUGAAAAGCAGUAGAACGGACGUACCUCACCCAAAUAUACACCAACUUGUAUUGUGUUUACUUUUAUACGAUUGGUUGUGUAUCAUUGAUUGAGUGGCCGUUGUCAGUCGGCGGAAGACCGUCGAUCUCGAUUCAACUGAGAAACAGUAUAUUUGUCCUGUGAUUUGUGUUUGCAAAACACUGUCUUCAAACUGAUAUGUCAACUGAGAACAAAACAGAAUUAGCUCACUCGCAAGGUGAUGUUAUAAAUGAUGAGCAGGACUCGCCGACGAACACGUCGUCAGAGACUAGUGCAGGAACAUGGAAUACACCAGUGUCAUCAACAGAGUCGGGGAGUAUUCCGUCGUCGGUGUUGUGGGGUACGCCAAAAUCAUUCCAAGUAUCUGGAGAACGUGCAGAAUCAGUUCGAGGGGCUGAUGACGGCGAAAAUACCCUCAUACAAUCACCUGUCAUGAGCACUGGUAGCAUUCCUCGUUAUGAUCCACCACCUUAUUUCUAUGAUGAACUUCAGGGCUUGGAGUCACCCUUGAUGUACAUUCGCGAUCUUUUUUUCGAUGGCUCUCGUAUGUCAUCCAAUCGGAAUCAGGAAAUGGCAAGUUUAAUUGAGAAUUCAAUGUCUCCUACAAGCACACCGCCAACAAGCAUUCACAUUCGAAAUCCCUCACGAAUAUUAUUCAGAAGCUUCCGUGACGAUAGUAUCGGAAAUAUGAAAGAAGAAACUUCAUUUGCCCGCAGAUACGGGACAAUCUGCAUUGUCGCCUUCUUCGUUAUCUUCCUGAUGAUUUUAUCCUUAAUCGCGAAAUUCAUCGUCAACAGUACCAUUAGACUUUAAACUAUCACCUUAAACCAUAAGAAGUGAUACAGAUUUAUUAUAGAUUUUAUGUUGUGUUUUUUGAGAAAAUAAUGUAUAAAAAACGUUGUAUUUGUUAGGAGUUGUACGUUUGUUCAUUGAUUGGCCUGAGAUUUACUUUACAUAACAGAGGCACGAGAGGAAUUGAGUUCCGAUGAUGAUGUGAAAAAGAUCUCGGAAGCAAUCCAACCCCAUGGGAUGAGAUAACCGGAAGUGAGCCCGACAUCGACGGCAUCAGCUGAAUAAUUCAUAGUUUUUCUUCAUUACUAGACUACCCUCGGCGUAAAGACAGAGAGAAAUGUGAAAGGGUAUGAACGUCAGGAGAUAAUAAAGCCUAGGAACAAGUAACAGAUGGCACUGUUAUAUUCUGCUUGUUUCAACUUCUUAAUUAUUUGUUAAACGUUUUAUUACCUUAACGGUCGAAAGUUUCGCGUAGGGGUGAAGAUGAAGAUUGAAGCCCCAGAGGGUGAUUAAAAACGAUGAGCAAGCUGACUAAAACUUUUCACAUUUCUGGUUUAAACUACAAGGUGGACUUGUCAAAGCGGUAGUGAGACGUAAUCUCAUUAAAAUUUUCAACAGCAUGAGAGAUUGAUCAUUUUUGACGAUUAUUAUAAUCAUGGAAUCUCAUUAUAUUUACAUUCAAACAACAACAUCCCAUUCAAGGUAGGAGAGAAACUUUUAUCUCAAUUAUUCAUAUCAGCAACUAUCAAUUUUAUUUGAAAAUACACAGGGAAUAUUAUCUAUUUGCUCAUUCUAUUUAAAUGAGAGCCUUCAACAUAGAAUUCAUCUUAAUUUAAAUUACGUUUCCAAACUUAAAUAUAGAUUCGUUUGAUUGAAAACGUUGAGAGGCAUACUGGUUUCUUCCCACAAUUGUUAUUUAA